CUUCUUAGCAUGAAAAUGUUUAGAAACUGAGGUGAUUCAUCAUGGUCCCGUAAUAGCAAUAGCAAUUGAAUAAGCCAGGCCAGCUGGCUUUGCACCUACUACAAUAAUUAGCGAAUUCGCCAUUAUAUAUAUCCACAGUCACUGGCUCAUCAUCAUCAUCAAAUCAUCAAUAUACAUGCAUGCAUAAUAUAAUAUAAUGGCUGCACUUCUCGCUCCAACCUCCUUUCUCUUCAUACUCUUCUUAUGUCUCCUUUCAGUCUGCAGGGUUUCGGUUUCUUCAUUGGAGGAACCCAAGAGCUUCAUCGUUUUCAUGUCGAAAUUUGAGAAGCCUCAGCUUUUCUCUACCCAUCAUGACUGGUAUUCAUCCAUUAUCCAUACACUCUCUCCUCUCUCUAACCACUCAAGAUCAUCCGAGCUCUUGUACACCUAUGAACAUGUUGCCCAUGGUUUUUCUGCAAGCCUGACUCCUUCCCAAGCGUCUGAACUAGAAAACGUUCCGGGUGUGAUCUCUGUCCUUCGGGAUGACCUCCUCGAGCUCCAAACCACUAGGACUCCUCAAUUCUUAGGCUUAAGUAGUUCUGCCGCAUCUAGUCUCUGGCCUAGCUCUGAUUACGGAGCUGAAAUUAUAGUCGGUGUUCUGGACAGUGGAAUCUGGCCCCAAAGGUCUAGCUUCUCCGACCAGGGUCUAUCCCCCGUUCCUAACGACUGGAGGAACAAGUGCGAGGUUGGUCCACAGUUUCCGGCGACUUCGUGUAAUCGGAAAAUCAUUGGUGCUCGUGCUUAUUACAGAGGUUACGAAGCUGUUACUGGAAGGCCAAUAGUUGAUGAACCUAAAUCAGCGAUAGAUAUGACCGGGCAUGGCACACAUGUUGCCUCUACUGCAGCUGGAUCUGCUGUUGCGAACGCUAACCUUUUCGGAUACGCUCAGGGUGAAGCCAGAGGCAUAGCCACAAAAGCAAGAAUUGCAGUUUACAAAGUUUGCUGGCUGGGAACGUGUACCUAUGCUGAUAUUCUUUCUGGGAUGGAUCAAGCUGUUGCAGACGGUGUGCAUGUGCUUUCGCUUUCCAUUGGUCUUAAAAAUAAAGAAGGCUUCGCUAAGCCGUACAAUGAGGAUCCCAUUGCAAUUGGAGCUUUUGGUGCGGUGCAGAAAGGUGUGAUCGUCUCCUGCGGUGCUGGAAAUAGUGGCCCCGAUCCAUAUACUGCCAUCAAUAUUGCGCCAUGGAUUUUGACGGUGGGUGCUUCCACUAUUGAUAGGGAAUUCCCGGCUGUGGUGACACUAGGGAAUGGCAGGACCUUCACUGGCACCUCCUUAUACUUUGGCAUACAACCAAGCCCAAACCAAGUUUCAAUGGUGUACGGUCGUCGCGCCAACAGCCGUUACUGUCUUCCCGGACAACUUGACGCUUCAAAAGUCAGGGGCAAGAUCGUGUACUGUAAGCAACUAGCCAAUAUUACCAUUGUUGAUCAAGGAUUUGCUGUAAAACAGUCUGGUGGCGUGGGAAUGAUCAUUUCUAACGUGCGUCAUCAAGGCUACGAGCUUGUCGCCAAUGCUGAUAUGAUUCCCACGGCAGUGGUUACCGCAGCCGACGGAGAUAUAAUCUAUGAUUAUGUAAAGAACACUAAAUCGGCAACUGCCAGGAUUGUAUUUAGGGGAACAGUAACCGGAAAUUCUCCGUCUGCACCGCGUGUGGCUGCUUUCUCAAGCCGGGGACCCAAUUUCUUGACUCCUGAAAUUCUCAAACCAGAUGUGAUUGCGCCAGGAGUUAACAUUCUAGCGGCCUGGACUGGUGCAAUAGCGCCCUCCGAAAGCACCAAGGAUAAUAGAAGAACGGAGUUCAAUAUUAUGUCCGGCACCUCCAUGGCAUGUCCUCACGUCAGUGGAUUGGCCGCCAUGCUUAGAAAGCUCUAUCCAAGUUGGAGCCCCGCUGCCAUCAAGUCUGCGCUCAUGACAACUACUUACACUCUGGAUAAUUCCGGGAGGAGUACUCUCAUAGAUCUUUAUACUGGUUACCCAUCCACCCCCCAUGCUCAUGGAUCUGGACACGUUGAUCCAACCAACGCAGCAGAUCCGGGUCUGGUCUAUGAUACCGGAGUUAAUGAUUAUGUGGAUUUUCUAUGUACCAUUGGGUAUGAUAGCCAGAAAAUUGCCCUGUUCUUGCGGAAUUCUCCUCUGGUGGAUUGCAGAAAUCGGAAUUUGGGUAAUCCAGGCGCGCUAAAUUACCCUUCCUUUGCAGUUGUUUUCAAAAACAAUCUCCAAACCAUAACAUACAAAAGAACUGUUAAAAACGUAGGGAAGGUGAAGAAUGUUGCUUAUCAGGUAACAGUGCGUACGCCCUCAAAUGUUCGUGUGAAUGUGUCACCGAGUAGGCUGGUGUUUAGUGACAGAAUCGAUAAACUAUCUUAUGAGGUAACUUUUCAAAGCGUUCCGCAAUUUGCUGAUCCUUCAUUCGGUUCUUUAAGCUGGAGUGAUGGGACACAUCUUGUUACUAGUCCAAUAGCUGUAAUUUGGGAAGCACGUUCGGUCUCUGAUCUCUAA